AUGAGAGCGCUCACGGUCCUGACCACCCCGGCCGCCUUCCUCUUAAUGAUCACCACAGCGACCACGCUUCGUCUGGCUCUCGCGGCAAGUGAUGACGAUAAUCAGCACCGGAGAAGCAGCAUCCUGUGGCGCGGCAGCUACCUGUCCGUCGGCGACGACGCCCUGGUGUCCCCGAACGGCGCCUUCUCCUGCGGCUUCCACCGCGUGGCCACCAACGCCUACGCGUUCGCCAUCUGGUACACCGCCCCGGCCGCCGUCGUCCCCACCCUGGCCUGGACGGCCAACCGCGACGCGCCCGUGAACGGCAUGGGCUCCCGCGCCGAGCUCCGCGGGGACGACGGGUCCCUGGUGCUACAAGACUUCGACGGCCAGGCCGUGUGGAGCACCAACACCACUAGCACAACCGGCGCGGGCGCCGAGCGCGCGCAGCUGCUCGACACCGGCAACCUGGUGGUGUCCGACGCCGAGGGCCGCACGCUGUGGCAGAGCUUCGACUGGCCCACGGACACGCUCCUCCCUGGCCAGCCCAUCACGCGGUACAGGCCCCUCGUGUCCGCCAAGGCCAGGGGAUCCACCUACUCCGGCUACUACAGCUUCUACUUCGACAGCUACAACGUGCUCAACCUCAUGUACGACGGCCCGGAGAUCAACAUCAACUACUGGCCGGACCCCUUCAAGACGUGGUACGACAACAAGCGCAUGGCCUUCAACAGCACCCGGCAAGGCCGGCUCGACGAGCGCGGCCGGUUCACGGCCAGCGACAACCUGCGGUUCAACGCCUCCGACUACGGCGAUGCCGGGGUCUUGCGGCGCCUCACGCUGGACUACGACGGGAACCUCCGGGUGCACAGCCUGGUGGACGCGUCCAGGGGGACGUGGCGCGCCACGUGGGCGGCGCUCCCGCGGCUCUGCGACGUGCACGGCAUCUGCGGCCGCUACGGCGUGUGCACGUACGAGCCGUCGUCCGGCGCGGCCGCGUGCUCGUGCCCUGAAGGGUUCGUGCCAAGCGACCCCGGGGACUGGAGCAAAGGAUGCCGGCGCGCGUACGGUGACGUCGUGUGCGGCGAGGACGUCUUCUUCGCGGAGCUCCCGCACGUCGACUACUGGGGAUUCGACUACAACAUGACCUCGGGGGUCACCUUCGAGACGUGCCGAGAGAUCUGCCUCGACGACUGCAACUGCCAGGCGUUCGGCUACAAGAAGGGCGGGACCGGCAAGUGCUACUCCAAGGUCGGCAUGUGGAACGGCCGGGGCCCCGACGCCAAGCAGUUCAUCUACUUCAAAAUCCCUACACGCGUCCAGAAGGACCUCAACCUGUCUUCCUCCUCCGUACUGCGCCUCAUCUUCGAUGGCCAUGCCUGCGACACGCGUGAACGAGACGCCAGCAUCGGCACCGGCAUCGGCUCCCGUUACCUCAGAAAUUCCGGAGGCGGCAAGAUAAACUUCGUCUACUUCUACAGCUUCCUGGCGGGGCUGUUCGUCGUGGAGGCCGUCUUCAUCCUUAUCGGGUAUAUCUUCAUCUUCGUCUUAGCUGACCCGGCCGCCUCGCGACGCGUCCACGACGAGGAAGGCUACAGCUUGGUGCUCAGCAACUUCAGGAGGUUCGAGUACGACGAGCUGUCGCAUGCGACUUGCGAUUUUGCAGAGGAGCUCGGGAAGACCGUGUACAAGGGCGUCUUGGCCGACGGCCGGGACGUGGCCGUGACGCGGCUGGCGGAGGCCGCCGACGAGGUGUUCCGGUCGGAGCUGAGCGUGAUCGGGCGGAUCAACCACAUGAACCUGGUCAAGAUAUGGGGCUUCUGCUCCGAGGGCUCGCACAGGCUCCUCGUCUGCGAGUACGUCGAGAACGGCUCACUCGCCGAGGCACACUUCGGCGCCGAGAAAGAGACCCCGCUGGCAUGGCACUCGCGCUACAAGAUCGCCGUGGGCGCCGCCAAGGGGCUGGCGUACCUCCACCACGAGUGCCUCGAGUGGAUCCUGCACUGCGACGUGAAGCCGGAGAACAUACUGCUGGACGCCGACCUGGAGCCCAAGAUCACCGGCCUCGGCCUGGUGAAGCUGCUGAGCGGAGAGUACGACGCCGAUGACGCAGCCGGCGGCCAGGUGCCGUCGUCGUCCCGGGCGCAGGGGACGAGGGGAUACGUGGCGCCAGAGUGGGCGCUGAGCCAACCGGUCACAGGGAAGGCCGACGUGUACAGCUUCGGCGUCGUGCUCCUCGAGCUGCUCUCCGGGCAGAGGGUAAGCGAGUGGCUGGUGAUGGAGGGAGAACGCACGGGGUUCCAGCGGCUCGUAGCGUUGCUCAAGGACGAAAUGGAGCGCCAAGAUCGGACAUCGGUGCCGGCGUGGCUACCGGAGUUCGUCGAUGCCAGAUUGCUCGGCGACUUCAGCCACUUGCAGGCCGCCGCGAUGCUGGACUUGGCUGUCACGUGCGUGCAUCAUGACCCCAGCAGGAGGCCGAGCAUGAACACUGUUGUGCAAAAGCUUAUCAAGUCGCAGGAAGGUGUAGUACUGUCAUCGUCCCUGCGCCAUGCGUGUCCUGCACCUGUCCGAAGAAAUUCAGUGUAGAGUUCUAGGCUUGGUUUAAAUCUCUUGUGUUUAAUGUAUCGACUUGAUGUGCUAUGCCAGCCUCUACCAACUAAUUUUGAUCA